AUGGCGCAAGACGUUGCGAGUCCCAGUCGUCAUCGACGACGACGCAGUCGCAGUGAAAGUCCCAGUCGUGGACGUAGUGCCCACUCGUCGUCUCGUCAUCAUUCACGUCGUAAACGUUCUCGCUCUUGCUCGCUAUCGUCGCGUAGUUCAUUGAGUGACGCGUCUUACUCUCGGGAGCAUCGACGUGCGUCCAAAUCAAGCGAUAAACACCGUAAGAAACGCUCCAAGACGGAGAAACGAGAGCGUCGUCGUAUGUCGUCGCAUUCACGGUCGAGAUCACGCAGUCGUUCGUCAUCUAAACGGAGUAGUAGCUCUAAAAAGAAGAAGAAAAAGAAGGAGAAGGAGAGAAGCCAUCGAAGCUCAAGGAAGAGCAGUAGAAGGAGCAGAAGCAGAAGGAGGAGUGAGACAAGAGUGGAGAUAUCAGGUCACAAGAGAUCUGAAGCUAAAGAUGAGCAGAAGAAGGAGAAGCAGGAGGACAGACAUUCUCGUGCUGUGGACUCGGAAGCUCCACUUGAAGCUGUUGCAGCAGAUUUGAGUUCAAUUGAUAGCCAAGAUACGAGAGCUGAGGAGACCAAGAGUUUUGAUUUGAAAAAGACGAGAGCUGUUGUGGCUCCUGUGACGGCUACGCCGGAUAAGAUGAGAAAUGGAGGCGUGAUAGUGCCAAAGUUUAAGUUUAGUGGCAUUUCGUUGAAAUCUGGUUAUCUGACAAAGAGAAAUCAAGGUACAACAGAGAGGCCUGCAACUUUCUGUAGUGCUUUGAUUGAAGACAGUAACAACGUGGAGAAGGAGGAAAUAGAGCAGAAGUCGGAGACACUGCAUAAAGAACAGCUGAAGCAAAAGAAAGCGGAGAAGGCAAAGUUUCUAGAGGAAGAGGAUGCUGUACCAAAGCUGUUGAAUUUGUGGACACCGGAAUACGAAGAAAAGGAUGAAUCUGUGGAAGAAUGCAAGACUCGCAAAGAGGAAAAGGAACAGCAGCGUGAGCGUGUCCAAAAGGUUGUCGAAGAAGUUGACCCGCUGGAUGCUUAUAUGGCUGGUCUUGUAGAUGAGGCAGCGAUGAACCAAUCUCGCGCUAAUCCUGCUGCUAACGUGAUCUCGCAGACCGAAAUCGAAGCAAAGGGGAAAAUUAACAUAUAUGGCACGUUUUUACCUCCGGAUGCACCGGAGCAGUCACCGGUAGCUCUACCGGAACCGUCUAAGGAACUUCAAGUGGCUGUUAGCGCGAUAGCAGAAACGCGUGAAGAACGUGAAGCUCGUGAAGAGCGUGAGCUCAAGGAGUUUAUGCGAGCGAUUAAAGGUAAGCGUGAACAAGAAGAUAAGGAGACUGCCAGAGUUACCUCGACGACUGCUACGACGAGUUCAAGCGAUGGAGUUGGAGAAGACCCGAUGCUGCAGAAAGGUGAUACUGGGCGGAUCUACCAGGGAUUCGAAGAAGAUAUUAUUGGCGAAGAUUCGGAGCUAGUGGACCAGCGAUCGGCUUUGGAAAUCUUGCAAGAACAGCAAAAAAAGAAGGAGAUCAAGCCAGUGGACCACUCGAAGAUCAAUUACCUUCCGCUUCAGAAAAAGUUUUACGUGGUUCCCAAGGAAAUCAAGGACUUGUCAGAGGCAGAGCUGGAAUUGCAACGCAAGGAGAAUGAGAUCAAAGUUCGUGGAAAAGCCUGCCCUCGUCCGUUGCAAAAGUGGACCCAAUGUGGCUUUAGCGUCCGGAUGCUUCAGCUUAUCAAGAAACAGGGCUAUGAAGAGCCGUUUGCUAUCCAAAAGCAGGCGCUGCCUGCCAUUAUGUCUGGGCGUGAUGUGAUUGGCAUUGCCAAAACAGGUUCAGGCAAGACAUUGGCAUUCCUCCUCCCAAUGUUUCGUCAUAUUCUUGCCCAGCCUCCUUUGCAAGAUAAGGAAGGUCCGAUUGGAAUUGUCAUGGCACCGGCUCGCGAACUAGCUCAGCAGAUUUAUGUGGAAGCUCGCAAGUUUUCGAAAGGCCUUGGCUUGCGCGCUACUGCAGUGUACGGAGGGUCCUCUGUCUCGGAGCAACUCGCAAACCUGAAGCGUGGCUCGGAUAUUGUAAUCUGCACACCAGGGCGCAUGAUUGAUAUACUUUGCAUGAGCGCCGGCAAGAUGGUUUCGUUGCAACGUGUGACGUAUGUGGUACUAGACGAAGCUGAUCGCAUGUUUGAUAUGGGCUUUGAGCCGCAGAUCGCGAGGAUUAUGAUGAACAUCCGACCGGACCGUCAAACGUUGCUGUUCUCAGCAACGUUUCCUCGCUCUGUUGAAGCGCUGGCGCGGAAGGUACUGCGAAAGCCUGUGGAGAUUACCGUUGGCACACGCAGCACGGCAUCGGGCGACAUCACACAAUACGUUGAAGUCCGAGAAGAAGAUGACAAGUUCAUGCGACUGUUGCAGCUUCUGGGAUUAUGGUAUGAGAAGGGAAACAUUAUAGUAUUCGUGAACAAACAGCAAGCGUGUGACCAGAUUUUUCAAGACUUGAUGAAGGCAGGAUAUCCAGCGCUCUCGCUACAUGGUGGAAAGGAUCAAGUGGAUCGGGACUACACCAUUGAUGAUUUCAAACGGAAGGUGCGAACCGUAAUGGUGGCGACAUCUGUCGCUGGCCGAGGUCUUGACGUGAAAGAUUUGGUUCUUGUUAUCAAUUACCACUGUCCCAAUCACAUGGAAGACUACGUUCAUCGCGUAGGCCGUACCGGGCGAGCUGGCCGGAAGGGUACAUCCUACACGUUCAUCUCUCCAGAUGAGGAGGAAUACUCGGUUGAUCUUGUGAGAGCAUUAGAAAACGCCAAGCAGACCGUUCCACCGGAACUAAUAGCACUUGCCGAAGGAUUCAAAGAAAAGGUUAAACGUGGAGAAGCGAGAUACCACGGCAGUGGCUUUAAAGGCAAAGGCUUCACGUUUGAUGAAACGGAAAGAAACGAGACCCAGCGCACAGCAGACCUUCAAAGGCGUCAAUAUGAGCUGGAUCAGGGCAUUUUGAUUGAGGAUUCUGGUGCAGCUGACGAUGACGAUACGGAAGAGCCGAGCAAAGAGCAAGCUGGUAUUGCGGCUGACAAAUCAUCAGUGCCUGCUGGUCCAAAGGCGAUGCCUAUCGAUAGUGAAGCGAUGUCAGCUUUCAUCAAGGCACAAAAGAUUAUUCAAAACCUGGAUUUGCAGUACAAAGGAAACGGCGAUGGCAGUUCUGGUGAAAACCACUUCGUUGAAGAGCUAGAGAUUAAUGACUAUCCACAGAUGGCUCGCUGGAAGGUUACCCAAAAGGAAGCAAGUGACUCGGUCGCGGAGCUCACUGGUGCAGCUGUCAUCACAAGAGGAUCGUUUAUUCCUGCUGGCCGCAAACCCAAUCCAUCCGAGCGAAAACUUUAUUUGGCAAUCGAGGGUUCAACGCAAUCUUCCGUUAUUGAGGCGAGGCGAGAGCUACAACGCAUCUUGGAUGAAACCACGCUGCAAGUCGGCCUUGGCGGUGACAAAUACGGGAAGUACAGUCUGUAA